AUGUUAGGUCCAGUGAAAAGAAUUAAGAAGAGAUACUUGGAUGAUCCAGAUGUCGGUGUUCCUCAACGCACAGCAGCAAGAUGGAAGAACAAGAACAUGCUUGAGGUUUCCCAAGCUUCCACAUCGGAUGAUGUACUUCUUGAAUCCAACAUUAUCUCGGGUGGUGAUGUGUUUGAUCAUAUGGAUGGACAUGAUGAAGCUUCAGCAUUGACUCAAACGGAUUCAGUUGGUGUUGAUGUUCUUGAUCAUACAGAUGAACAUGAUGGACAAGAUGAAGCAUCAACAUUGGCUCAGAGAGUGUCAGUUGUUACUGACAGUGUAUCUGAAGACAGCUACUCAAUGGACUACAACUGUGCAUCAAGUAGCGAGUUUGUGUCAAGUGACGAAGAAACUGUGUCCUUUGAAUCAGAUGAUACUGAUGAGACAAGUAGUGACUCCGAUGCUAGUAGAACUGACACAGUUGACCUCUUGUGUACUGAUUCUAAUCUUUCAAUUCAAGAGAUACAGGCUGUGAAACUACUUUCAUGUUUCUUAAGGAAUAACCUGUCUGCUAGCACAUGUAAGGAUAUUAUAGUCACCUUGAGAGAAGUUUAUCCAGAAUCAGCAUCUAUUCAGAAACUAACUUAUGAAAAUAUCUGGAAAUUUGUUGAUGAUUCCAAAAUGAAGGAAUGUCAUUACUGCGUUCUUUGCAGCCAAGUUUUUCCUGACAAUGAAGACUUUUUUGCCUGUGAAAGAGAGCAAUGUGAUGGCCUCCGAUAUAAAGGUCCUUUUUCAGCACAAAUGAAAAAGGGACGUCAACCCAGACAGAGUUUUGUUUUUGCUGAUGUGAAGACACAGCUGUCAAGCCUUCUUCAGAGUCCAGGUAUUUGGAAAGAUAUACAAGAAAGGAAGAAGACUCUAGCAGAAAGAUGUGAUGACAUUCUGCGAGACAUUACUGAUGGGAGAGCUUAUCGCAGAUUGCAAGAUGAGGGACAAUUCCUCUCCGAUCCAAACAGCUUGACAGCAGUCCUAAAUACAGAUGGAGUGAACCUGUACACAUCUUCGAAAAUAGAGUUAUGGCCAAUAUUUCUUUCUGUAAAUGAAAUGACACCAUCACUUAGAUUUGCACGUGAUAACAUGCUCCUUGUUGGGAUAUGGCAAGGCAAAGGCAAACCUCCAUUCCAACCCUACAUUCAUCUUCUAUCCAAGCAACUCAAUCCUCUCUAUGAAGAAGGCAUACAACUGAGCACAACAGCAGAGGAAUGGAUUCCUAUCAAGUUAUCUGUUGUAUGUGGUAUAUUUGACCUUCCUGCCAAAGCUGGGAUUCUGAAUAUGACCUACUACAAUGGGACAGAAGCUUGCAUAACUUGUGAAGAACCAGGUGUGGUUGUGCAGCAAGGAAGAGGACACUCAAGGUGUUAUCCUUUCAGACCUGAGCAUGAGAAGCACCCUUUCAGGAAUGAUACAGAUGUUAGAUUGUCGAUGGAGAGAGGCACAGAAAGAAGGCGAAGUAAAGGAUUCAAGGGAAAGUCAGGUUUGCUGUCAUUGAAAGGAUUUGACUUAGUCAUUGGUGUUGUGCCAGACUAUAUGCAUGGGGUGCUGUUAGGAGUGACAAAAACCCUGAUGUAUAAGUGGUUUUCAUCUACAGAAAGUAGAAAUCCUUUCUUUGUUGGCAAUAAGUUAAAAGAAAUUUCCAGUCGACUGCAAAGUAUCAAACCAAUUGAAUGUAUUGAGCGACUGCCAAGAGAUAUAGAGAAACAUUAUAGCAACUUCAAGGCUACAGAACUACAAGCGUGGUUGUUAUACUAUGCAGUCCCUUGUUUGCUUGACAUACUGCCAGAUGUGUACCUGAAACAUUUUGCAUCCUUAUCAGAAGCUGUGAUUUUGCUGUUGGGUGAACAGAUAACACAUGAAAGCCUAUGUAGAGCCAGGUGCCUCCUGGAGUCUUUUUACAAGAAGUUUGGUGACUUGUAUCCCCCCGGUUCAUGUGGCCUUAAUGUUCACAACAUUGGAGAACAUCUGUGCUUCUACGUUAAAGAGUGGGGUCCUAUGUGGGCCUGGAGUUGCUUUGCAUUUGAAGAUGCCAAUGCAAUGCUACUUCAGUCAGUUCAUGGGACAGGGAAUGUCCUGAAGCAAGUUAUGAGGGCACGACAAGCAAGGGUAUUUUUACGUACACUUGACAUCACCCAAGGUGAAUGUUCAAAAUGGAAGAAGUUGCAGGAUGCUGCAAACUGUUCAAUGGCUGGUUCACUUCAACCCGUUGCUGAAGAUGACCUUACUGAAGAGAUAUUCAGAAGAUUACCAGUGACCAACCUGAGAGAAGUGAAGAAAGUUUCAAGAGUUUUGAAUGCUGAUGGGAAACGACUGUAUGCAGAAGCAUAUACAAGGAUGCAAAAAAGGGACUGCAGUGUUGUACUUCUUCAAGAUGGAAGCGUGGCAUCGAUCAAGUACUUUGCACUUUGUCUACAUUCAAAUGUUGUGUAUGCCAUCUUAAAUUUAUACAAAAUUGAAGGACGGAAUGUAGUUCAUGGUUUUCCUUCUGGACUGCACAUAAUACCAGUCAGUAGAACCAGAGCAACUGAUUGUGUCCUUGUUGAACAGAUUGUAGAACGGUUGAUCUUGAUCAGCACAAAUGCUGACAGUACACACAAUUUAUUUGUUGCUAGGCUCCCAAACAUUCAUGGACACUCCAUAUUUAAAUAAAUAUCCAUCAUUUUCUGGACAUUAGUUAGCCUACAUUGCGGAUGUCAGGGAGAACAGUUACUGUAACUGUAGUUUUGUCUGCAUUAAUUUAGUUAAG